UCUUGGAGCUCCUCCCAGGCAGCUCCACAAGAUAAGAUAGUUCACAUGUUGUAUCUUAUGCUUACAUCCGUGAACAAUCUGAAAUUUACAAACUUAUAAUUUGAAACGCGGUAAGUAAUCAUUCUCUAAAAUUGGGCCAAAUUAUGUGCAGCAAGCAGUCCAUUUCUAAACCAAUCAAUUUUGCAAUUACGAGGAACCAGAAGAUAGAGAAAAUCACUAUAAUCAAAGUAUUUUCUCACUAAAUAAGAUUGUGUAGUUUAAACAUUAAAAGCAAUAUUGUCUUUUGACAAAAAUCAAAUCCUAAGGACUCUAAAUGCACAAGAAUAACAGAGAACUUAGAGGAACAAAAUCUGCUCGGUUGGCUGUUAUUACGUGGAGCAUUUGGAAGCAUUGUAACAUGAAAUUAUGGAACAAUGUAACUGAAACGAAGGAGCAGAUAUUGAACAGAGCUGAUCACCUUCUUGAGAAUUGGCGUGCUGCAAAGAAUACGCAAAAAACCAACAAUGCAGCAGAGGCUGAAACUGCUGCUGUCAUGCCAGAAUCACGGGUGGAGUUGCAUAAACAGGAGCAGGCUGGAAUGCAUUGGUGGUACAAAUGUAAUAUUGAUCCUUCAUUUUCGUUGAGUCGGAACCGAGUUGGUUUUGGUAUGUGUAUCUGUCACGAUGAAGGCAGUUUCGUGCUUGCCAAAACAAUGUGAAGUUCACCUAUGUGCAGUGUGGAUUUAGGAGAAGAGUAUUUUGUGCUUGAAU